GCGUUUCCGUAAAGUGCGAUGGGCUGUAUCCUUGGUCUCCUCGGUUUUUUCCCCCAGCGCCAGUAUUUAUUUGAUCAAGCCCGGCGGUGAACGGGUUAAGGAGUGGGGGGCUCGCAUUCCUCCUCUCCUGCUCGCCAUCAUGAACAAAUGAACUCUCGGGGAAUGAAAUUUAAAUUCCACAAAGGAGAAAAAGUUCUCUGCUUCGAACCAGACCCAACCAAGGCCAAAGUGUUGUAUGAUGCGAAGGUGGUUGAUGUUGUCCUUGGAAAAGAUGAGCGAGGCAAGAAGGUCCCAGAGUACCUGAUUCACUUCAAUGGUUGGAACAGAAGCUGGGAUCGCUGGGCAGCAGAGGAUCAUGUUCUCCGUGACACAGAUGAAAACCGCAGGUUACAGCGUAAACUGGCUCGCAAAGCUGUGGCUCGCAUGAGGAGAAAGGGAUGGAGGAAGAGACGCUGUCGUCUUCCAGGUGUUGACUCUGUGUUAAAAACUCUACCUGAAGAGGAGAAAGAGGAGAGCGAUGAUGCCUCUCUAAUUUCAUCGUCAUCUGAAGACAGUGACGAGGGCAAUUCAGAGGACAUUGAGUCGUUGAAAAGCGAGGAUAGUGACUCAUCUGAGGAGCUGAACGAAAUGAAGGAAGAACAAGAAGCUCAUAACAAGAGGGACAAUGAAGAUAAAACCAUCAACAUCGAGAUCCCAGAGGUGCUGAAGAAGAAGCUGGAGGAUGACUGCUACUACAUAAACAAAAGGAAAAAGUUGGUGAAGCUUCCCUGCCAAAUGAACAUUGUUAACAUCUUAGAGUCCUAUGUAAAGCACUUCACCAUAAAUGCUGCCUUUUCUGCUAACGAGAGGUAUCGGCAUCACCACAGUGCAACCCAGACUGGCCACAAUCCGCACUACGUUCCCCCUGAGAAGAAUGAGGAGCUGUGCAAGGAGAUGGUGGAUGGAUUGCGAAUAACAUUUGAUUUCACUCUCCCAAUGAUUCUUCUGUAUCCUAAUGAGCAUGCUCAGUUCAAGAAGGUCAGCUCUGCCAAAUUCUUCCUGCCCAUUAGGGACACAGCUGCAAGUUCUGGAAGAACGCUGCGGGAGCGUUCGCCCAGCCCGUCCGGCCUGAACUCCUCCACCCCACAAUCCACAGACAGCCAGCCGGCACCGAGUGAACCAUCUACGCCCAAGCGGCGCCGGGCUGACCCCGAUGCUGGGCAGUCGCUGCGUCGUUCUACACGACACACAUCCGGGGGGGAGCGGCUGUCUCCACAGCCUAAGCGCCGACAUGCAGAUACUCCUGCUGCACUGCCCAGGUUCUUCCUUAACUUGGAGAAGAAAACACCUGUUCACAGUGGUUCCUCAUCCCCCCUGCCCCUGACCCCCAGCAAAGAUGGCAGCUGUGUGUUUUCUGGCCUCGAGAGCAGGAGGAACAAUGAACUCAAUGAGGUUUUGAGCUGGAAACUCACGCCUGACAACUAUCCUCAAAGUGACCAGCCUCCACCACCUUCUUACAUGUAUGGAUCCCAGCACCUCCUACGCCUCUUCGUGAAACUUCCAGAGAUCCUGGGUAAAAUGCAUAUUCCUGACAAAAAUCUGAGGGCCCUAGUGAAACACUUGGAAUUAUUCCUCAGGUUCUUGGCCGAGUACCACGAGGACUUCUUCCCCGAGUCAGCCUACGUCUCAGCCUCAGAGGCCCACUACAGCAUGAAGCACCCUCGGGCCGUCUGCUGAUGCGCGGCUGAACAAAGUGCUGCUGCAUGGUGGUCCCGUGUGUUUAAGCCAUGCUUCAGCACUCGCUGCGCUCCUUGGCUGCCAACUACUGCAUUUUGCCUCCAUAAACUGAUUUUCUACAUGGGCAUCUGGAGGCUGUUUCUCUGCAUCAGUCUCUUGUAUCCUGGACUGCAAGUGGUCACCUAUGGACGCCCACUUCAACAGGAAAUGCCCUGUUUUUCUUAUGCUGUUGCUCUUUUGACGUUCAGUGACUUUUGAUCUCCCCCGCCUUGCAGUGUUGGCACUGCAGUGGUGUCUUUGCUUUCUUGAGCAAAUUUUGAGGGAACGAAGGCAAACGUCAUUAAAGACAUACUUCGCUACCA